AUGAAAUCUACCCUGGCUCUAAUCGCCCUGGUCGCAAUCUCUAGCGUUUCGGCAGUUCCAGCACCUCGUGGUCUGAAGGAAGACUUCGAGGAUUUUCUUGCACUGGUUCCCGUUGAUGAACUUUCAAAGUUGGCGCUCGAUUACUACCUGCACGAUAAGGAAGUUCAGGAUGCUUUCGCUUACCUGCAAGGCGAGGAAUUUUCUGCCGUUUGGGAUCAGCUAUUCGCAGUCAAUGAAGUUAGGGAUCUGCUGAAAUACUUGGAGGACGCUGGACUGCCGGUGUAUGAUGCUUUGAACUUCGUUGCUGAUUUCUUUGGCCUGAACCACGUGAAGCCAAUGGUGCGCACCAUUCGUAGUUUGAGAACCGGUGGGCUAUCAGGUUUCUUGGAUGAGGCAUUUGUGCUGCUGCCUACCGACAAGCUAAAAGCUCUAUUUGAGGAGAAGCUGCAAACUAGCCCCGAAUUCAAGGCUCUGUUCGAUAAACUGCAGCACACUGAUUUCCAGAAGUUGGUUGACUUCUAUAAUAAUUCCAAGGAAGUCCAGUCGCUGUUCCAGAAGCUUAGAGGCAUUGAUGUCGAUAAAUUCGUGGAUCUUGUCGCCGGAUUCUUCGGAUGGGGACAAUUUUAAAAGAUAACGAAGUCCA